AUGCCGAAGAAUAAAAAACCAAGCAAAGGGGAGGAGUCGGUAUCGGAAUCAAAAUCAGAUAGUCCGUCCAAGUCAAGUCUUGGGUCGAAGUCAGAGAAGAAUGUUAAAGUGUUAAAAGAUAGUCCCGCUUCACCGUCCAAGGCGACAAAGGAGAAAAAAAAGAAAGAUCGUGCAAGCGCACGCAAUAUGGAAAGAGUGGAAAUGCUGGCGCGACCCACUGCUAGGCGCUUGCAAUCGUUGUGGGAUGAGAAAGGCGCAUUAAUGCCACGGGAUCGGAGAGAUAAAAUUAAAAGUGCUUUAGAAGAAGACUAUUUUCUUAGUCCGGAGCAAACUGAACAGUAUUUUCAAGCAUUGGGCGAGUCUUCCAGGCGUUGGUCUGGUCCCGGCGGGAUGCUAAGCCGCAGGGAGCAUGCAGAUCGGUCCAGGGAACUUCGACAGAGGCAAAAGUGGCUUGUUAAUUUUAGUGCUCAGGUGGCAUACCGUCUCUGCGACUAUAUUGCAAAAGGACAAAAAGAGAUGUUGGUUUCCAAUAGAUUGAGAAGUAUAGCGGAUGUGGUUUUGGAGAGAGUAUCCGAAAUACUAGGGGAACCUAAACCCUCCCGCACGCAUCCCGGCCGCCUCGCCAGGUUCAUGGUAGCUAUAUCGGAUCGUAUCGCGGUGUGGAUAGAGAAUGCGGUGUAUCGCGCCGAGGCCUUGGAGCCAAGAGAGUCGGGCGCAGACGAACAUAUGCGACUUGAUACUGAAAAACAACUCACAAGU